UGGAAGGGGAAGGAAUAUGGACAGGGUUUGCGACAACAUACAUCCAGAUUGUGGGGUAUAAAUGCUUGCAAGGCUCUGAGGUGUGGAAUUCAGUGCUUGCAGACUCUCUCACAUGGAGGAAGCAAGCGAGAGCAGGAAGAAGGGCCCCAAAGGGAAAAAAGACGACCUCUUCCAUGUCAUUCACAAGGUACCUUACGGAGAUACUCCUUAUGUCAGAGCCAAGCACGCUCAGCUAGUGGAGAAAGACCCGGAAGCUGCCGUAGCAUUGUUUUGGGAGGCGAUAAAAGCGGGGGACAAGCUGGAGAGUGCUCUCAAGGACAUGGCGGUGGUGAUGAAGCAAUUGGACAGAGCCGGAGAAGCCAUCGACGCCAUCAAGUCCUUCAGAUCCCUUUGUUCCAAGCACUCCCAGCACUCGCUCGACAACCUCCUCAUUGACCUCUACAAGAAAUCCGGAAGAGUAGAGGAGCAGAUAGAAUUGCUCAAGAGGAAAUUAAGAUCAAUCUACCAAGGGGAAGCCUUCAGCGGAAAGCCCACAAAAAUUGCUCGCUCUCAUGGCAAGAAAUUCCAAGUUUCUAUCAAGCAAGAAACUGCCAGAUUACUGGGAAACUUGGGGUGGGCGUACAUGCAGAAGGGGAACUACAUGAUGGCGGAGGUGGUGUUUAAAAAGGCCCAGAUGAUAGAGCCGGACUCCAACAAGGCCUGCAAUGUGGGGCAGUGUCUGAUGCGGCAGGCCCGAUUUGAGGAGGCCCGGUGGGUUCUCGAGCAAGUAAUCGCGGGCUCGGACAAGGGCAAGGUGGUUAAAAGAGCGCAGGACAUGAUGUCGGAAUUGAAACUUACAGCGUCACAUGCACGGCUGGGGCCUCAUGAUGCUCUUGUGAAAGGAAUUGACCAAUUACUCCCGGUUUGGGGGUACAAUAGAUCCAGAAGGCUUCCAAUCUUUGAACAGAUCACUCCUCUCACAGAUCAAUUAUCCUGUUCCUAAUCCUUUUUAUCUUGGCAACAUAAAAUGGUGGCCCACUUGUAUUUAAUUAAUAAUAUAUACCAGAAACAAAUAUUACAGUCUUACCAUAUUUGUACCGUUUUCUGGUUACUGGCUUCCAAUAAUCAAUAGAUCCCAGUCAUUUGAGUUCCA